GCAGAAGCAGCUAAAGAGCCGCCGUCGGCGCCGGCACCGGCAGAGCCGCAGGAGCCAGUGGAGGAGGAUCCCGGCUGCCAGAUCACAGAGGAUGAUGAGCUGAAUGCCAUCCGCAAGCAGGGCCGAGAUGCCUUCUUGCAGGCAAGCGAGGAUGGCUCCUUGGAGCAAGCUGCACCCCAAGAACCCACUGAAGAGGAAAAGAAGAAGGCUCACAAGGAUGCCGUCCGCGCGAAGGCCUCCAACGUGCUCAUCGCGGCAGCAGAAAACGGCGAAUUGGAGAGAGCCUUGACACUCGUCAAGAAGGACUCCGUUGUCCAAGGCUCCGAGGAUGGGAAGCGAGAGUCAAACGCCUCAGCCGUUGGGCCUCCAGUGGAGGCCAAGCAGGAGACGGUAGAAGCCCCGGCAGAGGUUCAGGAGCAGAGCUCGCAGGCAGCCGAAACUGGCAAGCCGGAAACUAGCGAAGCUGCCGAGGAGCUGAAGCCAAGGGCCGACAGUGCAACAGACAUCCCGCAAGAGCCGCCGACCGUGAUGGUUAGAGACCUGGCAGAAGUGCAACAUGCGUACUUAGCGGCACCGGACAGCCAGACUGGAGCUGAAGCCUGCUCCACAGGGCUCGACGUGGAUCCGCCAACAGUGAGGUGCGAAUCAGUGGACCGUGGCCACCUCACCACCCCAGGAAACAAGUGCGAACAGCAUCCAUUCCAGCAAGCAUUCCAGGUGAAUUUCUCGACUUUGGAGCUUGGACAGCUCCGGCUCGACCAGGAUGUUCUGCGGAGAGGUUUCCGAGAACGGAAGUAUUCACCUUUGAGCUCAGAACCGAGAGCUGACAUGAUCACGAAUCCACAGGAACCACUAGAACCUGCAAGCUCACAUGUUGUGUCAGAAAUGGAGGAAGGCACAGCGCAGCCAGAGCAGCCGGAACCUGGAGAAGCGGCAGCAAACGCCGAAGAGGCCUCUGCUUUGGUUGGCGUCUUGACCUCGAAGGCCCGAGGCUCUGAGCAGGCACGUCGCGUCGACGCGGCGUUGCUGGGCCUGCAGCAAUUGGCCACCGCGGAGCCUGCAGCUGUGCUUGAAGCCGUACGGCCCGUUGUGCAGUCUGCAUGCUGGCGACAGCGAAAUCUAGGCUGGGCAGCCGCAUCUCCAGCUAAAGGCGUUUUCGAGCUGGCAGCAAGCUGCGCAUCUCACGAGGCACCCGGCGUGCGCCGUGAUGCGGUGGGAGCUUUGAGGCGGAUGGUCCUUGACGACGUCUCUCCUCAGCGUGUGUGCGAUCUCGUGCUAAGCCUUCUGGAGGACAGCAGUUCGGAGGUUCGCUUGGCUGCGGUGCAGACAAUGACAGCACUGGAGAUGGAGCCUGGAGAUGAAGAGGCUGCUCAAGUGAACCGGGGCAUGUGGAUCAAUGCGCUCAGCGACCCGGAUGUCGAUGUCAGAAUCCAGGCUGCGUGUGCCGCGGAGCGCGUGCUGGCCGUCGACAGCUUGGAGGAUCCGGCUUCAGAAUCGAUCACGCUGAUGGCGGAUGCUUUGGGAACCGCCAUGACACAGACCUCCAGUGAAGGUGAGAAGACCCCCAGUCCGGGGAAGACGUCUUUCCAGCGGCGCUGUGUGCACUCGCUCGGCAUUCUCUCCGACUUGGGAAAUCCCGUUGCGAGGCACUGGCUCAGCCAGUUCCACAGCCAUCCCGAUCCUCAAGUGCGGCUCGUUUCUGUGUGCGCAACAAUGAGUGCAGAUGCUGCAUUGCGGCAUGUGCAGACAGACGCCAACGUUGUUCUGCGGCACCAUAUCCACAGCCUUUGUGGUGGAGAGAUGCCAAAGCUUCUCGGCCUCCCCAAGAAGGAGCUCAGUGAGCACCAAGAGGAGGAGCUGCGAUGGGCAAUUGAGAAAACCGCAGGCACCGAAGGCUGGCGACCGCACCUGGCACGCUGCGAAGAGGACGGCCAGGUUUCCAGCGUGACGGCUCUUCUCUUCGGGUCCGGCAUCAGAGAUGAGAGUGUGCGCCAGCACGUCCUCAAGAGCCUUACGGCCAAGGAGCUCCCUGGCCAGGCCGGGGGCCGCGGCUUUCCAACAGAGUUCUGCAGCACCGCCGAGGUGCAGGCUGCCGACGGUCUUGCGGAGCUGUUGUCCAACCGGGCCAAGCUGCGUCAAGCCCAAACGCAAGACGGCCGGAAGUCGCGCUGGCAGGACUUGGCGCAGCGGCCGAUGUACGAGUUGGCCGAUUUCGGUGAUCCGUGGGAGUAUUGGUCCGUACAUGCCAGCCAAGACCGCAGCAAGGUGAGCGUCGUCCAAAACAGCCGCUUCGGCAUCGGUGAUGUGACGUUUCUGAUGGUUAUCUAUGGAAAGCUCGAAUACAUCCAGGACACCGUGAAGAGGCUCACAAAGCACACCGUGCAUCUGACUGGUGGUCGGAAGCUCGAGGGCGUGACCGUUAUUCUGAAGUCGUUGGGACUCCUGGGGGACUGGGCGGUGGACCGGCUGCACAAGAUGACGCAGAUGGCCACAUUUGGCUGGUGCUAUCAGCAUCGGGUGACGUCCUCCAAGCCUUGCGCAGCAGAAAUGGCCAAGCUUGAUGGCGCAGAUUGCUCUUGGCCCUCCGAUGAAGAGCUCCGCCAGGUGGAGGAGAUACGCAAGAUAUGCGCCGCCACUGUAUCAGCAUUCUAUGGGCCGUCAGAGAGUUGGGCUUGA